CGCAGAAUCGAAGCGGAGAGCUGCGUUUAGAUUAGACUAGACUGAUUUGAAACGCCGUCGCCGCCGAUCAUUUCCCUAUGGGCGGCUGCUCAGGGCUGACGCGAAUACGCGACAGUUUUUCGACAUUCGAAUCAAGCGAGCAGCGAUGCCGGACCGACCGGACACGGCGGAACCCCUGUCUGCUGAGGUAGCCCAGUUUGUGUCGGCCCUGCUCAACGUUUUCAGCGAGAACCUCUGCGUCGAAGGCUUUACUGCGUCCCUAUGGACGAGCACAAGCCGUCCACCGAAGCAGGCGGCGAUGGUGAUAGCCCCAGUCUGCAACGGACGUCGCCGCUAUCCCAGGGCGAUUCCGUGUCGCCGAGCCGGAUAUCCGAGCAAGAUUGGCCUGAGGCCGAUUGGAUUCAGGACGAUCCUUGGGGCACUAGAGAGUGGCGCAGUCCCGUGAAGAGGUCAGCACCGUCUCCAAAACGGGGCAGCGAUGGUGACAAACCUAAGUCGCCGGGGAAGUUGCUGGCAUCCAAAAGAUCCAUUCGCAAGUGGCCCAGCUCGAUAUCUGAGCGAGAUUGGCUUGAGGCGGGUGCUUCGGGUACUCAACAGAAGCACAGCUCCACGAAGAGGUUCAAGUCGUCCGCCAAACCAAGCAGCGACGGUAAUAAACCUAAGACCGAAGGUACGUUGCAGUCACCAAGGACGGCCCACUCCAAGCGGCCUAGCUGGAUAUCGGAGCAAGAUUGGCUUGAAGCUGGCCCUUCCGGCACUAAACAGGGAUCCAGCCAAGUGAAAAGAUCGGCUCGUGGUCACACACCCACCAAGACAUCGCGAAAGCAGCAAAAGACGACUCCUGCGAGUCCUAUUGCAUCAGUAUUCCCUCGCCGCCGCCUGAAAUAUACGGAAGACUUCUUCGGCCAGUGUGAACCGGUAGCCGACCCGGGCAUCUGUGGCGUAGACAAAGAGGACUGGAAGGACCAUGCGAUGCCGGCAGCAGAAGAUCCCGUAGAAGGCGGCCAACGCCAACCUUUGGAGCCCGACCCUGCAGACUUCUUCUCGAGGGCGUUCGACGAGGUAGCGAGGUUAGGUUUGGAAUCGCAAGACUUACUAGCGUCGUGGUGCGCCGCGUUGUGCGAUGAUGACCAGCCGUCCGGAGACGACCCGUCUUCAUAGCGCGCCUUCGUCGGGCCGUCGUGGUGUGUACCACUGGUACGCCAUUCGUGUCACACAAGAACUUCUUAUCGGCAUCCCGCGUUCAUCUUCACAGUGGAGAGUGCACUAUUUCAUUCAUCGCCCAUUUUUGACAUUCAAA